CAUUCACUCUUUCCUUGACUGCUGAUGAGCUUCAUCAUUUACGUUCCUUCACUUCUCUACCUUACGAGUGAGAAUACUUGAUGACAAUGUCAUCAUUAUCAUCUGGCGCUUUUUCAGAAAACUUGUGGAAACGGGGGUAAUUGACACAAGCGCAAUGCACGUUUCACAUGUCACGGGCGUGACCAUCAUUCCUCCUCCGAAGAAAAUAGUGCAACUAGCGGUUACUGUUGGAAGGCGGAACAGGCGGGAUUGAACACUUAUGAGUAGAAAUGAACUGCUUGAUUAUGGCUGAUGGAUUGGAUUAGGUUCAAUGGGGGAAUUCCUUGACAUAUACACAAGCUAGUCGGGGGACUGAAUGACGGAAUAGAUGCCUUCAUCGGCCUAUCCGCAUUAUUGGUGUAGUAGGCAGAGUGGUUGGUAUAUCAAUGUUGGGGUGCAUAUAUGAUCUUCUUAUCUUACUGCCACACAUUCGAAAACAUAAGCCUUCAUCCAUCAAAACCUAGGCCGAAAACAGGAUAGGCCGGCUAGUAAGACCACCGGCCUCAGUCCUUUCUCCAUAUGCCCUCAUCAGGCCUCGCUUUCACAUAUAGCCCCUGAACACGAAAAUAACUUCGCCAUCCCCUAUAAAACGCAAAAGUCAGGUAGUAGACACAUUGUUUAUCCUUUGACCUUCGACAGACUUGAAACCUUGCCCUCACACUUCACACGUCCUUGCCUUUCCUACUAGUAUUCAUCGCCUUAUUAAUUUACUUUGCGGUAGUUUUAUUUCUUCCUGUUUUUUCAACAGUCACAUCUGGUGGAUACACGACAGGCACGAUCGACAGUCUGUGCAAGUUGUGUUCGCAUUCAAGUUGAAACACCUUGCGUGAAUGCUUCCACCUUCGAAUGUUUGUCCGCACACACAGAAGAUCGACAUCUGAAGGCAGCUUAAAGAGAUAUCCUGCAGUAAUCAGAGCUUGAAACCUCUGUAUAAAUCAGGUCUCUUGUGGUCUUCACCUCUCUUCAAAUUUUUUUCAAUCCGUCACUCCCAGUUAUCGCAUCUCAAGACUGUGUUAAGUACUGGUUCCUAGAAAUAUAACUCCUAAACAUCACGUAGUAGUAAUUCAAAUUUACUCGCUAGUCGCCCUUGCUUCAUACUAUCUAUGCUAGUGUGGUGAUAGCCUGUACAUCUGUACAGCAACAGCUGCGCGCAUCAUGGAACGUUGUGUGCCAAUCAUUUGAUCUGCCCAUCUACACCAGGAGUGGAGCAGCGGGGAGUGGAGAGCGAACUUUGAAAUGUCACUUCGGAAAGAAUGGAGAGAUUGCUUCAUGCUCCAUUCUACAUCCUACAUUCUAUCAGUAAAGAAGAGCGAUGGAUUGACUGCCCUUUGCGGUACACCAAUGCUUUGCCAAAGGAUGGAGUUUGAUAUCUAACGGAGGCUGACUUAAUAUCUGAUAUCUGAUAUUUUGAUAUCACCUAGACAGUUUAUCUCUUCUGGCACUCGACGACACUCAAUAACAAACUCAAAUCUCACAACGGGGGUGCCUUGACCCCAAUCGGGCCGCAUUAACAGAAUCCCGGCCCCAAUAAUCCACACAUUUGGAAGGCUGGAGGCCAGAACGACCAACAAAAACCCGCCAGGACGAAGACUCCCGCCAAUUCUCACGGCCGCCGGCAUUAGUCCUUCCUCGUGCCUCAUUUACGCGUUACUACAAGGUGCAACGGGCUUUGGGCUUUUGUAUAUCCAGCCUCCAACUACUCCUUGCUCCGUUACUCCUAGGUUCUCGAAUUUUAGCUCUGUCUUUGGAUUCUGGAUUUAUUAUGGUGAGUUUUUGGCGCGUUUGAAAGUUACGCUCGAGCGUGACAUGUCCCUGAACCGCGCCAACCGUAAUUCCGGGUCCCGCCCGCCCGCCUCUCCUUAAUUCCCUAAAAGCCUUACUAUUAGUUCUGGCUUCUGAAUGGCCAAUUUCAUUUGAACGCGUCCUAGUCAUAAUAGCGCUCGCAUUGCGAAAUGCGAGGGGCAGGGUUUUGACUGGCGCAUGAAAGAGAAUUCCGCAAGGACAGGAACGGACGUGACGUGACUGCUCACUAUCGUACUGCUACCGCCAUCACCCAACUCUCAUUUUGGCGCCUUUUUCUCCGGGAGGGUUUAGGUGAUAGUGCACAUCUAUUAUAACACUUCACAAGACUGCAGUACUUCCCCUCUUGUUCCCCCUUGUUCUUCUGUCUCAAUCCUUCUCCUUGCUAUCUUUUGAUGGCUUCAAAAUAAUCUUUUGAGAUUAUCGCGCUAGAACGGUCGACUACAGCCUCCCUUUCUGUGGAUUUUGGCGCCUCUUCUGUCUUCACCACACUCUCUUUUGGCUGCUUGGUCUUGCGCGACUGUAGAACGACAGACGAACUUACGAUUGUUCUUCUACCCUGUAUCGCAUGCUUAUCCCUUCCCCUUAACACGCCAACAUCUACCCAUCUACGCACUCCCUAUCAUCGAAAACCCGCCGCAUCGCAUUGCCGCGCAACAAA